AUGAAGGCAUACCUGAUCUCCAUCUUCGCCCUGAUUGGCUGGCAGCUUGGAUACGCAACGUGUGACGAGGCAGUACGAGAAGAGUAUGUAGCGCAGAUUCAACAUAUUCGUUCCAAGCUGUUUGAUCAGUCCAGAUACGACUCCAGCCAGCGCACCGUUAACAAUGGCUCCGAGACUACCAACGUCACCGUCAAUAUAAUCGACGUGUCGUACGUGAACCUGGAAGAUGAUUGGCUCACCAUCGCUCUGUACCUCUGCAUUAACUGGCAGGAUGACGCCCUGGUGUGGGACAAAGAAGACAAUGGUGGCGUGGAGUACAUAAUCGUCUCUCAGAGCGAAGCCUGGUUCCCGGACGUCACACCCAUCAACGCGAACUCCAACGAUUACGUCUUGGCACGCGACACAGCGUACCUAGACCACAACGGCAGCCUUUGGGACUGUCACCCGGCUCGGAUCAAAGUUCCCUGCGUCAUGGACCUAGCCCACUAUCCACACGACCGCCACGUGUGCAGUGUCCGCUUCUCUUCUUCGACCUACCUGGAGAGCGAGGUCAGGACCAUCGGGUUCAGGUUCUACCUUCCUGAGGAGUUUAGUUCAGAGUGGGAUGCGAAGGCCCUGGAGCCAUCGCAUGGGGUCGCCCUCAACAGGAGCUACGCGGACAUGGUCAUCGAGAUGAGGAGACGGGCCAGCCACCAUCUGUACACGGUCACUCUUCCGUGGGUUGCUGCUGUCGUCCUGAUGCUUCUGGGCUUCUGGAUGUCCGUCGACUCGGACCGCAGACUGUGGCUGGCCUGCGUCAACUUGUUCUUACUCGCGGUGAUGCUCGGCAGAAUGGGCACGCUACUCGACAGAUCAGCGACCGUUCCGAAAAUCGUAUUUUUCUUGGGUAACGCCGUGGUCAUCCAGGCGAUGGUCGCCAUCUUUGCCAUCUUCAUCCUCAACAUGGCGUCGUCACCAGUCAAGAUACCCGAACGUAUUGUCCAGUUCUUGACCGGUCCGACAGGCGGUCUGCUCUGCUUAGACGAAGACUGCCUGUGGACCUAUCAACCACAACCGCGGUCAGAAGAUGAAGUUUUCCCUAGAAGACGGGUCGAAGGCGGAAAUAAGCGUAACUGGUUACUUUUGGCUCAAGCACUCGACCGACUAUUCUUCGGUGUUAUCGCCAUUGUGACUCUGGGCCUCAUGCCCUGGUGA